AUGAUUCGUUCCAGUGACGACGAGUGGACCGACGUUGAGGCUUACGACCUGGAGUUCCGAUCAGCAGGGGACGAAGACGCUUGGUUCAGCGUCCGAGGGCUUCUCGAAGGCGAGACAUUCCUCAUCAAGUUUUUGGGCUUCCUCGAAUCGUCCGACCUGAGAUUCAACGCCGGCGAUUUCCAGACCCUCCAAGCCGUCGACGAAUUCGUUCGCCGCUUUCGACCUGUUUCGGCUCAGGUACAGGACAGCGAGUGCUCCAAAAUCGUCCAAGGCUUGACGGUCUGUUCCUCAUACGAAUUCAAAUGUGACGACGUCCGUUUCUACGACGCCGUCGUCGAUGCUGUACACCAUGAGCAGCAUUCAUUUAAGAAAGAAGAAGAGUGUAUGUGCACCUUCGUGCUAUGCUGGAAACAUGGUCCAAAUGUGGGUAAUCUGACAUUUGCAAAUAUUGCUAGUAUAUGCCUAAUCCAAUCUGUCGAGCAACUCAAUUCCAGAGUGGCAUCAUUUGCAAAGAUAGCGAAGGAGAAAAUUGAAAUUGCUUCUCUUAAAUCUGGUGCAAUUUCUGAGUCAAGUUUGCUUCAUCAUGGGCUGCAGGAAACAGAGCCUUCCAGACAAUUUGGUAGUGCAGGAAGGACAACUGAAGGCAGGGUGGUUAUACAAAUGUCAUGA